UUGGCCAUGUUGUCUCAGAAUGAUGCCCUCAAAACCAGGGAGGAGGUGGUUCUUCAGAUCCUUUUGCUUUGCCAGGUUGGGGUUGGCACUGUGGCCAACUUUCUUCUGUUUGUGAAUAAUUUCUCUCCAGUCUUGAAUCACUCUCAACUGAGGCCCAUACAUAUCAUUCUGGCCAACUUAGCUGUGGCCUGUGCCUUGAUUCUCUUCCUCUUGGGAUUCUUAAAAAUUACAACUGUUUUUGUUCCAAGGAAGUCCCCGUCUGACCUCACAUGUAAACUUGUCUACUUCUUAUUCCUGGUGAUUAGAGGCACAAACUUGUGUUCAACCUGUGUUUUGAGCACCUAUCAGUUUGUUACUCUUGUUCCUGGUAAUUGGGUUAGAGAGAUACUCAGAGAAAGAUCUCCCAAGACGGUGAGUUAUUCUUGUUACAGUUGUUGGUUGUUCAGUGUCAUAAAUAAUGUCUACAUUCCAAUGAAAGUCACUGGUCCACAGAAGAAAGUCAAUGACUCUGACUCUAAAAGCAAGUGGGUCUGCUCCACCUCUGGUUUCAGGAUAGGCAUGGGCUUCUUGCGUUUUGCUUAUGACAUCAUAUUCAUCAGUAUCAUGGUCUGGACCAGUGUCUCCAUGGUGAUUCUUCUGAAAAGACACCACCAGAGACUGCAGCACAUCCACACCUCCAGGCUGGAUAACAGAGGCAAUGCUGAGACCAGAGCCUCUCACACCAUCCUGAUGGUGGUUGUCACAUUUGUGAGCUUUUACCUUCUAGACUGUAUCUGUACUUUCCUUCAUAUUUCUUUUGUGGACUCUCUUCUUUGGUUGAGGGAGGUCAAAGAGGUUUUAGCUGCAAGCUUCCCCACCAUUUCUCCAUUACUGUUGAUCUUUAGAAAUCCUAAGGAUUCUUGUUUUGUGCUCUCCAGGUACUGA